UUUUUUUUCUGCUUUGCAGGUGGUGGGAGCUGCAGAGCAUUUAUGUGACACCCUCACCCAGUAUGAGAAAGGUGCUCAGUGCUGCCAGAUGUGCGAACCAGGGAAAAAAAUGAUAGAUAACAACUGUCAUGCUCCGAAGUGCGAGCCGUGUGGUAAGGAUGAAUACCUGGACACAUACUCCACUAAAGCGAAAUGUGAACGGCAGCCAUAUUGUGACCCAAACAAAAACUUUGUGGUUCCGGUCCAUCAAAUAGACAAGAAAACAGACUGCACGUGCAAACCAGGGUUCCACUGUUCGGGCAAAGCUUGCCUUUCCUGUCUGCCUCACAAAACAUGUGGGCCGGGAGAGGGAGUUCUGCAUAAAGGGAGCCCAACACAUGACACUGAGUGCCAAAGCUGCCCUGAGGGAACAUUCUCCAAUGAGACCUCCAUGAAUGACGGCUGUGUUAAACACACAGAAUGUCCGCAGGGAUACAUCGCUACGGUACCUGGGACGGCCCAAACCGACACCGUAUGCGAGAUCCAGCGUAGCCAUGUCAUACUCCCCAUUGUCUUGACCGUCGUCAUCAUAGCUUUAAUACUUGCAGGGGUUCUGUUCUAUUUAAAAAGUAGGAAAUGCUUAAAGAACAGGAAAAAAAUGGUGUGUGUGGAAUGUAUCGGACCAAAAGUUGAACCAAAGGAAGAUCCCACAAAGCUUAUGUUGGAGAAGACUCCAGUUGAAACCGAAGACGCAAGCAUCCCUUCCGGGAUUUCUGAGGAGCAUGGAAGAAGUGAGAACGGGAAAAUCGUGUGUCCCGUUGUGGAGGAGGGGAAAGCUGAAUGUCUGUCCCGUCAGGAAUCGCAGCUAUCAGCCUCUUCUACCGUCAGCUACAAUUAAUUACAGAACUAAUAACCCCUUUAUUGUGUCAUAAGUACAGACUUACUUAAAGCUGAAGUUGUAUUUAUUUGACCCUAAUGUGCUCCCAUAAUAUGCUGAAAUGAUGUGUAUGAAUGAGUAAUGUUGUUUGAAGUCUGUAACUAAUAUUUUGUAUAUAGAUUGUUGGAAUGAACAGUUUGUGUUUUGAGUUUACUACGGCACUGUGUGACUGCAAUGAAAACUGCAUUAAAGUUGAUUCUUUUUUA